UUGUUUAGGCUACUAUUACUGUAACACGAUUGAGCAGGAAUGCAGGGUUAGUUUGCGUCUCGCUGCUGUUGGAUCAAAUUACCCAAACCUUUUCGCCUAUUCAAUGUCAUAAUUUUAGAGUGAUUUGUAUUUAUGUUGUAGUCAUAUUAGCAGUAUUAUUGCAAUGAAAAAUCAUCAUGUCAUUUUGUUUACUCUGACGUGGAUUCAAGCAUCAGAAUUGGUCCUGGAUUACACAGGAUCAGAGGGAGGAAAUGCACAAUUACAAUCAAACACUUUUGUCAAAAAGUACACGAAUGAUGUGCAAUCUAGUAGAAGAUUUGCACGGUUAUCCACCUCUGGAAACACACGUAUACUCAGGAAACGUCAAAAUGAUCAGAAUGUGGAGUCCUCACGACCCCCAGCCAGGAGGCUCCUGAAAGGGCAAAGACAAGUUCCAUACAGGAAACCCACUGUGACUGACAGCAUUCCUGCUCAAGAAGCUAUUUUUCAAUCUACUCCAUUGGGCACAACUAGCUCCAUAAACAUCCUGGCUGGUUUUGCAGGUAAAAAACGUGUUCUGGUCAUUUCAGCUCCCAACGACUCUGAUGGCUAUUACAGGUUAAUGAUGAACUUGCUCAAGCCGGACGUGUACUGUGAGAUGGCGGACAGACACAUGCAGCAGAUUAUAAUAUUCCAUGAAAAGGGGAAGAUGGGAGGCAAGGUGAGCCGUGUUAACAAUCAGGGAUCUCUGGUGGAGGAGACGUUGGAUCCAGCCCUGGUGCCCAGACUGAUGGGCUUCCUGAAGCUGGAGGAUGGUAAGUUUGGGAUGGUGCUUCUAAGAAAGACCCUUCAGGUAGAGGAAAGAUACCCAUACCCUGUUCAGCUGGAGGCGAUUUAUGAAGCGAUAGACCAGACUCCUAUGCGUAGACUGGAGAAGGCCAGGCAAAAGGGCUUUGUGAAAAAGUGCAAGACCGCUGGAGUUGAGGGCCAGGUAGUGCAGUCUGUUGGCUCGAAUGCAGUUGGUUUGCAGCCGCAGGUGAACACGACAAAAAAUACAGGGCGACACAGGGUGAGACCAGUCCCUCAGCCCACCCAGCUAACUCAGGCACAAAUAUCAACUACCAUCAGUACCACUACAAUGACUACAACCAAAAAACUUACAACAACGACUACCUUGAAAACUACAACCACAACACCUCCAACAACAACAGUACCUACUACCACCUUUUUUCCCUCAACAACAACUACCAUUACCACAAAUGCACCCUCCACAGUGGUGCAAACGCAUCCACACACAACCGUACCCUGGAACACAGCUGUGCCCAAUACCUCUGAGCGCGUCUACCCGCCCUCGCCACAAAACCGUCUGAGGGACACAGAUACUCGUCUCGCUGUUACCUCUAACUUCUACAAACAACAUAAAGGAAAAUACCUAGGCCAAACGCAAAAGAUUUCAACUGCAAUCUCACCAACACAAGCAUUCACACAGAAGGGCAAACUGCCUGUGGUAAAACAUGGCUGGAGUGAAAAGCUUAGUCAGCACACAAGAGAACGAGACACACGGAGGCCCACUGCUCAUAAACCAGAGACAGAACUUAUUACCACUCAAAAGGGGAAAACUAAAGCUGAAAGUGCCGACCGGAGGAAGAAGGUGGAUAGACCUGAAAAGACUUUAAAGAAGAUACCUGGAGGAAAAAAAGGCCCAAAAGUGACAAAUGUCAGUGUUCAAAUAAAAAACGUUGUGCAAAAGCCAAAUGUCUUUGAAGAAAGGGCUGUUGUGGACCAGGCAGCCAAUCCCAAGAAAUCGUUAGAAACUUUUUUGAGUUACUUUCAGAGAAGACGACGGCUCAUAGUAAUAACUGCUCCAGAUGAGCAGAAUCAUAUGUACAGUGAACAGAGGGAUGAGUACCUGGAGCAAGUGUGUGAUAUGGCCCUGCGUAAAAUUUCCAUCAUCGGUAUCUUUGGGCCCCUCACAAACAGUACCAUGAAGAUUGAACACUACCAGACAGAACAGGAUAAGCCCUUACGAGGCCUGCCGGACAGUGAUCUCAUCAACCAGGACCUCAUCACUGCAUUUCGGAAACAUUUCGGGAUGAUUUAUAAUGAUUUCAACAUGUUGCUGACUGACUUUGACAUGAAAGUCAAGCAACGAUAUGAAGUCCCGAUUGUUAUGCAAGCAGUGUUUGAUUACAUUGACACACUGUCAACUCGCAUUAAAGAGAUAGAACAGCAGAGGAAACUUGCGGUUAUGUGCAAGAAAGAAGACAAAUCAAGAUCUCUAGAGGACUUCCUAUCUAGAUUCCGUUGGAGGCGGAGACUGUUUGUAAUAUCCACCCCUAAUGAUGAAGAAUGGGCCUAUCAGCAACAACUCAACGUCAUUAAUAGCCAAGCUUGUUAUCUAGGGCUGCGUCACAUAUCUGUACUGAAAAUUACUGGAAAAACGCUGGAUGACAUGAGUGGAGUCCUGGAGCUUUACCCCAUAAAUGGAAGUGCAUCAGUGGACCGUGAGGACCUGUCUGCCUCGCUGGUGCAGGACAUCAGGAACUACUUCCAGAUCAGCCACGAGUAUUUCUCCAUGCUGCUUGUUGGGAAAGACGGCAAUGUGAAAUCCUGGUACCCCUCGCCCAUGUGGUCCAUGUCAAUCAUUUACGAGCUGGUGGACUCCAUGCAGCUUCGCAGGCAGGAGAUGGCCAUCCAGCAGUCUCUCGGCAUGCGUUGCCCAGACGACGACUACAGUCACCAUGAGGGCUAUCAUCGGGGUUACGGUUAUUAAGAACAG